AUGGGGCAGGGGACGUGGGGACCAGCGCUGUUCCCACUGCCAGAGCUGUCCCAGGGGACAUCGCGACCGGGACUGCCCAGGGGUGGCAGAGGGGACGCGGGGACAGAGGCUGUCCCUGCACCCCGGGGUGGCACCGGGGGAACAAGGGCUGUCCCUCUGCCGGGGAAAGGGCGCCUGGGGACAGCGGCGUCCCCGGGGUGGCACAGGGGGACACCGCGCCGAGGGCACGGCGGGACCCGGACCCGCAAACCCGAACCCGCAAACCCGAACCGCUCCGGGUCAGUCCCGCCCCCCGCGGGCACUCACCGGGCCGGGCCGCGCCGGGCGCGCAGGAGCCGGAGCCGGUGCCUGAGUCUGUAUCGGUGCCGGUGCCCGGUGUCCGGUGCCAGUGGUUGUGCCCGUUGCCCGUUGUCCGGUGGCGAUACCCUGUGCCCGGUGUUCGGUGCCCAGCGCCGACAGCCGGUGUUCGGUGUUCAGCGUCCGGUGUUCUGUGCCCGAUGUUCAGUGCCCGAUGCCUGGUGUCGGUGCCCGGCGUCCCGUGCCCGGUGUCCGGUGCUGCCCCGCGGGGACGAUGCGAUCGCGCUGCGGCCGCCCCGGCUCCCGCCGCUUAAUCGGCUCGGCGGCCCCGCCCCGGCCCCGCCCCCGCCCGGCCCCGCCCCCCGCACGUGCCCACCGGCACCGGCAGCCCCGGACCCCCCGGACCCCCCCGACCCCCGGUCCCGGGGCACGUGCGGGGCUCCCCGGGCCCCGCCGGCCGCUCGUACCGGGAGAGGGGGGCGGGAGGGGCCGGCCGGGACGGGGAAGCGGCCGCUGACCCGGGAAGGGGAAGUGUCGCCGGGGCCGGUCCCGGGCCGGGACCGGGGGUCCCGCCGCCGCCUUCCGGCCAUUGAGAGCCCCGGGCCGGCGGCUUCCUGCGCCCGGGACCCGCGGGCGCCUUCCCACGGCGCCGCUCCCACGGGGCUGCCAGCCCGGCACCGGCACCAGCACCGGCACCGGCACCGUGCUGCCGCUGUUAUCCCGCUGCUGCCCCCGGUGUGGGCACCCCGAAAACCACGGCACCCUGGAGCCCCCGGCGUGGGCACCCCGGAGGUCACGGCACCCCAGAGCCCCGGGCACGGGCACCCCGAAAGUCCCGGCUGGCCGGAGCCCCCGACCCGGAGCCCGUUAGCCCCGUUAGCCCCGAGCCCGCGGGGCGGACUCGCCGCGGAGCCCCCAGCGCCCAGCCCGGCUCCCUGCCGGCGCUGCCGGGGGCACCGAGCCCGUGUGGGGCCGCACCCGCACCCGGGGGAGCGCGGGGAGCGCCCGGGGCCGGGCAGGGAACGGGGUCGUGGCCGCCCCCCCGCUGGCGGCCCCCGGGGUCCCGCUGCCUUUCAAUGGCCCGCCCCGCUUCAAAGGGGCCCCGGAGCCGCAGCAACGCCCCGGCCCCCUCCCCACCCCGCUCCCCGCAGACACGGCGAGGACAGCUCUGCCCUCCUCCGCCACCCACCCCGCUCCUCGGGGCUCGCUGCCAUCGCCACCCGGCCUCCGGCACGCAGCGGGACGGGACCCACCGGGACCGAGCCCGGAGGGCACCUGCGGCCGGGCGGCCGCGGGGAGAGGCGGCGGUGGAGGGCACGGCGGUGCCGGGGGGCCGCGUCCGGCCCCUUGGCCAUGGAGGAACAAUGA